AUGAUAUGUUUCAGACAAUUGAAGGUUCAGUUCUACUCCGAGAUCCAAUCAACACUCCGUCGUGCCUCUGCACUGCGACAUCUAUCCGUCAAGCUCGAUUUCGGCACCUGUCCCUGCAACAGCGCCUUCAAACAGGCCUUGAUCCACUUGACAGUCGUAUCAUUGCCGGCUUUUUUUGAUCGCAAGAACGACACCAUGAUGAAGACGUCCACGGCGGAAAGUAGCCAUCCGCUCCGGCGAAUGGCGCUGCAUUCCUUUGAGGAAGAACUACAAAGGGAUGAUAGUCUUCAGCCAUUUUUAGACUUCUUGCAUGUCUUGACCAAGCUCAACGUCAUCUUUGUCGUCCAAUGUGAGGUAGUUCUUAGCAUCGCGUUGCACGAACUUGAGCAAUGCAUUGAGAUAGCUGUGACCGCCAUUGUAAGGCCCUCAAUCGAUAUCGAGCUUGGCGUGAUCGUCAAUGAAGAAGCCUGGUGCGGGGACCUUCUAGUCGUUGACGAUCUGCCUCACCAAGUAUUCCUGAGCCAUUCUGUCGACUUCCACCGUACGGUCCGCGACUUUCUAUGCGAUAACUAUCGCGAAAAGCCGGCAUUACUCGUCAGAGAAGAGUUAAACCCAUUGAUCAGCUUAUGCAGCGUCUAUCUUGCGCUUCUGAAAGGCCCUGCGAUCAAAAUUUUCUGGAUUCCGACUUUUUACAAGACCAUCAUUGGGCUGACUGAUGAGCUCCUUUACUAUGCCCACGAACUGGGAAGAAGGCUCGGUGACCCUACCGUCCCUUGUCUGCUUCCCAUCCUCGACGAACUCGACAAGACCAACACCUCAUUUGUGCGACGCAGUCGCGGUAACAACCACUGGACAGAUGCAAGAGACCUACGAUCAGCCCAAGGUCUCGAAACGAACGAAGAGCGCGAUACGUGUAACUUCCUGGAACUGGUCGUGCAAGCCCGUCUGACAGGAUAUUAUCAACAAGGAAGACCGUCUACUGCUGGACUACGCAUUACGUCCGCUCCGUAUAACUCCAAUAGCUAUGCGGCAUGCUGUACCACUCUAUCCAAGAAGAAGCAAGGGUAG